AUGUGUGAGUGUGAGUGAGUGUGUGAGUGAGUGUGUGAGUGUGAGUGAGUGUGAGUGUGAGUGAGUGCUGGGGGGCUAGUAGUUUUGCCCUGGCUCCUCCCCCCGGGGGCUGCGCUCCUCCUGUCAGCGCUUUCCGCUCAGCGACUCACAUUGCGCCCCGAACCCCCAAACCCAAGGCGGCCCCUCACUGCCCCAGUACUGCCUGAAACUGCCCCAGGAACAUCGCCCCGACCCCCGGACAUGUCUCCGCGACCCCCCGAAGGGACGGGAUUGGGGGAUCUCUGAGAGGAACAUGAAGCAGCGCAAGAAGUCGGCCAUGGAGCAGGCGAUUAAGUCGCUAACCCCGUUUAGUAUCGCGGAUAUACUGAGCAAACCGUCUGUCAGAAAGGAACCCGUCUGUCUGGGGGCCCCCCCGCAAUACCGGCUGCCCAAAUGGGGGCCCCGACAUGGGGGGCUCCCCCAGGCUUCCCCACUCUGUGCCCUACAGGAGCUGGCGAGCAAAACCUUCCUGGGGCUGGAGGCGACUGUGCUGCAGGCAGCAGAAGGUCAGGAGACGCCCAAUUGCUUUGACCAGCGCGACGGCUCCAAGAAGCGCAGAAAGUCCAGGACGGCUUUCACCAAUCACCAGAUCUUUGAACUGGAAAAGAGAUUCCUGUACCAGAAGUAUCUGUCUCCGGCCGAUCGGGACCACGUGGCCCAACAGCUGGGCCUGAGCAAUUCCCAAGUCAUCACAUGGUUCCAGAACCGCAGAGCCAAGCUCAAGAGGGACCUUGAUGAGAUGAAGGCAGAUGUUGAGUCGCUCAAGAAGUUGCCUCCUCAAACGCUGGAGAAGUUGGUGUCUGCCCCCGAGGUGGGGGUUACUGGGGCAGUCACUGGGAGGGGCAGCUGCCCAAACACAAGGGGUGCGUUCUCUCAGUUGCCCCAGGGCUGCUUCCUGGAUCGCUCUGGUGAUAAGUUUCUGGAUGAGGAGGAGAUUGAUGUGGAUGAUUAGGAGGAGCUGGGGGGGGGGGGCUAGAAGCAAUGCAGUUCCACCUCUGCCAAGGGGGCAAUAAGUGCCCCAGAUGGGUUCCUUAGCCCAUUAUUUACCAACUAUAACCCUACUAUAUUUAUCAGUGGAAUAUUCAGUAGGACAGUGGCCUCUCAGUCUGGGGGGGAAUUCUGGGUAGGAGACCUAUUUGGCCUGGAUUUGUAGUUUCAUAGAAUAACCAAAAAGUCAACGCAGUCACAUGUUCUACAAUGACCAAUGCUCUCCUUGGCCCCGCCCAAUAUAACUCCUGCCCUGACCUAAUCUUCCCCAAACUACCCCUCUUUGCACUGUCCCAUAGUCAUCCUCAACCCAACUCAUUUCUCACAAUCUGGAAGUCUGCCUUAUGCCAUGGGGAUCCCCCAGCUCAACUCAGUCUGCCCCAACGUGGCACUCGCUCAGAGCCAUUUAAUUGCCACCUAGAACCCUAUAU